AUGGCAGAAGGGGAGACGCUGCUAGAUAAUAUAGGGAUCUACAACAACCUCGAUGAACCUAUACCGUCAUGGAAUCGCCCAGGAGUUAUUGCGACUGUUGCGGCCUCUAUGUUUUGCAUCUCUUCUAUCUGCGUAGUCUACCGUCUUUACAUACGAUUCUUUGUGCUGCGAGCUAAAGGCUGGGAUGACUACUUUAUCUUGCUAUAUCUUGUUUCAGGAUUAAUCGGCGGGAUAACGAUCUGUCUGGCUCCCCAGUAUGGGUUGGGUCAACAUUUCGUAACCCUUGACUACGAUGAUAUGCAAUCGUACCUAAAGAUAUUCUACGUAACGAAUGCGUCUUAUAACAUGUCGGCGACCCUGAUCAAGAUGUCUCUCCUAUUUCAAUACCUACGCGUUUACCAUAGCGGCAGCCUCCGUAUAACAUGCAUUAUAAUGUUAAUCGUUGUUAGCAUCUGGGGUGCGGUGUACUCCUUUAUGGGUUGGGUACCCUGUUUCCCAGUCAGCGGAUAUUGGAAAAUGGGAAUUGGAGCGAAAUGUUAUGGAUUCGGUUCUACAAACGCCAACGAGGUUUUCAAAACAUAUAUAACGCAUACUUCGGUUAAUACGAUACUGGAUAUGAUCGUGUUUGCGAUCCCAGUGCCACUAUACUUCCGACCAGGCACUGUUCGAAGGACUAAACUUGGAUUGAUUGGAUUGAUAAUCAUGGGGGCAAUCGUGAAUGGGCUUACAAUGUGGCGGCUUGCGACACUCGUUAAACAUAGAGCAACAACCAGCCCGACUUUCGAUCCGACCUGGUACAGUCCGAUUAGCAUCGUACUUGGGGCGUUGGAGGUUAACGUAGCAAGUAUCUGCGCCUCGGUACCUAUUUUCUGGCCUUCUUUAAAGGCCCGACUUGAUGAGAUAUUUGUCACCAGAGAGGUUACAAUUACGCUUCACCGUCGUUCGAACAGAUUCUCUGGUGAUGUUGCAGAUAACAUCGAACUUCAGCGUACAGCAAGCGAAGAUCGCGAGAAUAAAUGGAAAAGGUGUCCUAGUAGAGCAGGAAGCGAGUCGAGUCAGAGCCGGUUGGCCGAAAUAGCCCCCGUGGAAAAGAGAACUCAACAUUACAUGGACGAUUUUAUCUUGAAUCAGGUAGAUCCUCUUAGGAGAAAAGGCGGGUUUGUUGUCGAGUCGGAGAUUGUCUCGGAUAGUCUCUCAAGGCAAAAGUCGAAACGGCAAUCGCGAAAUAAAGGUUAA